AUGGCCAACCAAUUGCUUAGUGCUCCGCCCUUCAGGGCCGAACAUAUGGGGUCCUUGCUCCGUCCGGACAACCUGCUUGCUGUUCGUGAGAAGAUCCGUGACACAGGCAUCUCUGAAGAAGCUGCCGGUUUGCACGCCGUGGAGGAGGAGACUGUCCGUGAUGUGGUCAAGUUGCAGCAGGAGCUGGGCUACAAGGCCGUCACCUCCGGAGAGUACAACCGGACUCGUUUCUGGGGACAAAUGUGGGAUGAGUUCGAGGGAACAAUUCGUUUGCAAGACGCCGAGGCUUCGAUGUUCAGACUCUACCACCCCGACGUGGUCAGUCUGAUCGAAAAAGACCGUAAGGUCAUGCCCGGCGACUCGGUGAUCGCUGGGUCCAAGCUCUCCUGGAACCCAGAGAAGUCGCUGUCGAACAUGCACGAGCUGAAGCUGGUCCAGCAGGCUCUGCCCGAGAGCGAGUGGGGCAACAUCAAGCUGACUAUGAUCACUCCCGCGUGGUUCCACAUGCGUUACAAGCAGGGUAAGGCUUAUACGCCCGAGGCUUACGCCAACGACACAGAGUACUUCCAAGAUGUGACCAAGGUGUAUCAGGCCGAGCUGGAUGCACUUUACAAGGCUGGGUUGAGAAACGUCCAGUUUGACGACCCCGGCAUGGCGUACUUCUGCUCCAAGGAGUUCCGCCAGGGCUGGGAAGACGACAAGGACAACACCGGCACCGUCGAGGAUCUGCUGGAUGCCUACAUCCAGCUGUACAACGACUGCCUGAGCAAGAUCCCUGCCGACAUGCACACCGGUAUUCAUUUGUGCCGGGGCAACUUCAUCGGUGGUCGACACUUUGCGGAAGGAUCGUACGAUAUCAUUGCCAAGGAGCUGUUUGAGAACCUGAAUAUGAACACCUUCUACCUCGAGUACGACACGGAGCGGGCAGGUGGCUUCGAGCCGCUCAAGUUUCUGCCCAAGAACAAGAACGUCGUUGUUGGUGUCAUUAGCACCAAGCUUCGGGAGCUGGAGGACAAGGAAGCCAUGAAGGAGCGUAUCUACAAGGCCGCUGAUUUCGUGAGCGCCGGCAGUGGGGAGACGCGCGAGGAGGCACUGAACCGGAUCUGCAUCAGUCCUCAGUGCGGAUUCAGCACCCACGAAAGUGGAUAUCCUCUCAGCGUGGAAGAUGAGAAGAACAAGCUUGCUUUGACCCGGCAGAUUGCAGAUGAAAUCUGGGGACAACCCUAA